UGGUUGCUGUUGUUGAUGCAGAUGGGGCGAAUGUUGCGUAAAUCGACGUUCGACAACGUUCAAUGAGCUCGAGUAUUGUUUGAAUAUUUAAAAGUAAAACCGUUUAUUUAGUAGAAAUUACGCUCAGCGUGUGGUUUAUUUUUUUCGAGUUCGAGUGGUUUGGCGCGUUUAAAAUUAGGUGCGAAUGUGAAUGUGCAUACCAUACCUAGUUUUUAGUGUGAUAAAAUAAAUUCUCAACUGAGCUUACAGUGUAUAUUGUGUAUCGUAUUUCGACUCACUUGACGGACGGAUGCGUGUAAUUGAUAAUUCGCGGAAGUGUACUGCGGUGCGUGGUUUUUCUUAUUCGAUAUAGCGAAAUUGAUCGCGCAAAAUAUUCGCGUACGCGUGAAAAAUAUCUAAUCGAAGGUGCAUCUCUAAUCUUGAAAUAUACCCGUAACUGAAAUCGUAACCUCAGGCUGUCCAUAAAAAUAGACAACGAUGAUAUUCAGAUAGUGUCCGCCACGUUCGACGCAGUGUUGCAUCAACAACCACUUCGAGUCAAUCGCCAACAUCGCUGUCCAUAUCUCGAGACCGACCGUUUGGAAAUUCGUAUUGCUCGUAGAACGACGAUGACCCACCAUCCUACCGAACGAAUUUAAUAUUGAAAUGUUAGAAUGUAUUUCGGCGAUAAAAGCUCGGCUACUUCGUUGGCCUUCUCGUUAUCAUGCGUUCUACUGGUGCUAUUGGGAGGCAGUCCGCGACUGGCCCAAUCGUCGUCCACGCCAUCGGACGACUUCAAAGUAUUUUCCGACGAGCACGGAACGAUCAAGUUUAAUCACCUGGUAGUGGAUAAAGAUCGAGGAUGGGUAUUCAUCGGCGCGGUCAAUCGCCUGUACCAGUUGUCGCGCAAUUUGGAUCUAGUCGUCAACCAUACCACCGGUCCGGAGUUCGAUUCGCCCGAAUGCUCGGUCCUAGACUGUCCGCACGAUACGGCGAAAAAAUCCACCGAUAAUUACAACAAAGCUUUGGUGAUCGAUUACACGAAUCCGCGACUUAUCUCCUGCGGCAGCGUACUACAAGGCUUAUGCAAGGUGCACAAUAUCAAAAACAUAUCCGAUAUAUUGGCCGUGGUGCUGGAACCGGUCGUUGCCAAUAAUGCGACAGCUUCGACGGUGGCUUUCAUCGCGCCUGGUCCGGUCAAACCGUCUUCGCCUUCUUUCGUUCUGUAUGUCGGAGUUACUUAUACGGGCAAUUCGGCCUAUAGAUCGGAGGUUCCGGCGGUGGCGAGCCGAAGUUUGGAAAGCAAUCGUAUGCUGGCGAUUGCCGAGCAAGGUGUUACCACAGGCACCAGAGUAUCGGUGAAUAAUUUAUCCAGAGAGCGGUAUAUCAUCAACUACGUUUACGGGUUCAGUUCGGGCUCGUUUAGUUAUUUUUUGACGACGCAGAUGAAAUCGUCGGUGCAGACGUCGCCUUAUAUAUCGAAGCUGAUCCGUAUUUGCCACGAGGAUAAAGACUACUAUUCGUACACGGAGAUUCCGAUCGAGUGUAUAGGCGAAGGAGGCAGACUGUAUAAUUUAGCUCAGGCUGCGUUCGUCGGCAAACCCGGUUCCGAGUUGGCAACGUCGCUAGGCAAUCGUCCCCAAGACGACGUUCUGUUUGUGAUAUUCGCCCAGAGCGAAACACCCGAAGGUGAUAAGUCCAACAAGCCUAGUAAACACAGCGCCUUGUGUAUUUACUCGUUGAACGCGAUCAAACGUAAAUUCAUACAGAAUAUCAACAACUGCUUCAGCGGCAAGGGAUCCAGAGGGUUGGAUUUCAUUCUAUCUAGUCACGAAUGUAUUCAGACCAAAAUUCAAACCAUCAACGAGGAUUUCUGCGGUCUCGAUGUCAAUACGCCUCUGGGAGGCGAAAUCCCCGUACCAGCGGUACCUGUGAUCACAUUCAACACGUUGCUGACUUCCGUAGCUGCUACGUCGACCGGCGACUACACCGUUGUCUUUAUUGGCACCAAUACCGGUCAUUUGAAGAAGGUGGUGGUUGAAAAUUCGGCCACUGCUUUGGAAUACGCUGACUUAACCAUCGACGAAGGGUCUCCAGUGAACUCCGAUUUGUUGUUCGAUUCGACCAUGAAUUAUUUGUACGUGAUGACCGAACGUAAACUGACCAAGAUCAAGGUGCAGGAUUGCAGUAAAUACGAAACGUGUUGGGAUUGUUUGACUGCCAAAGACCCAUAUUGCGGAUGGUGUUCGUUGGAGAAUAAAUGCAGUUUGAGAAGCAAUUGCCAAGAUGCGGCUAACGAUGCUCUGUCUUGGAUCCCUUAUAAGACUGGAAGGUGUACGUCGAUCACCAGCGUAACGCCGAAAGAACUGCAACGAACCACAGCUCGAACUCUCGAAUUGACCAUUGAUAAUCUGCCUCCGUUGACGGGCCAGUUCCUUUGCGUGUUUACCAUCAUGGAUAAGGUACUGGUGACGAACGCGACUAGAAAUAAUUUCGGCGUGAAUUGCACCACUCCCAGGACAGAUCUGUUACCGUCGAUACCUCCGGGUCAUCAUCAUUUCACCGCCAAGCUCUCGGUCAAGACGACCAAUAAUCCGGAAUUCGUCGAUACCAACUUCACCUUUUUCGACUGCAAUACCUACACGUCGUGUACACCCUGCGUAUCUUCAAUGUUCCCUUGCGACUGGUGCGUGGAUGGGCAUCGAUGUACGCACGAUACUGCUGAGAAUUGCCGCAACGAUAUCCUGGUGACGGGAGUGAACCGAGGUGGUCCUAGUUACCGUAGCGGGCCUACGUUCUGUCCGACCAUCAACGCUACCAGCGAUGGUUCGACCGAGAUCCUCGUUCCGGCCGGUACCAAGAAGAGUAUCCGCGUUAAGAUCCAUAUCAUCGGCCAAUUCAUCGUGCAGACCAGAUUCCUGUGCCAGUUCAACAUUGAAGGACGAGUUACCAGCGUGAACGCCGAUCUAAUCGGCGACACUAUCUACUGCGAACAGAUGGAAUUCGCGUACACUCAGCGUGGUCCCAAUAUGACAGCCACCUUCGCCGUCAUCUGGGGUGGCUCGAAACCGCUCGAUAAUCCGGAUGAUAUCCACGUCGUAAUAUACAGGUGUCGCGAUAUGGCCGAUAAUUGCGGUAUGUGCUUGGCGCUGGAGAAGAAAUACGGCUGCGGAUGGUGCCAGAGCACCGAACGGUGCGAGAUCAUGAGCCAGUGCGAUAGCGGAUCCGGCGGAUGGCUGGAUCAGAAUCAUACCUGCCCUAAUCCGUCCAUUAUAAAUUUCCGACCGCAGUUAGGUCCGUGGGAAGGCGGCACCAAUGUUACCAUACAAGGUAUCAAUCUGGGUAGGACGUACGAAGACGUCUAUAGCGGUAUUACCGUCGCUGGGAUACCUUGCGAGCCUUAUAAACAUCUGUACAAACCGACCAGGGAGAUUGUCUGCAAAGUAGAUGGUCCUGGUACGACCGAGUUACGUUCUGGUCCGGUCAUGGUCAAAGUGGAGAAUUUCCGAGGCGAGUCUAAACAAAAGUUCACGUUCGUUGAUCCGAAAAUCGAAGACAUAUUCCCUAAGCACGGUCCCAGAUCAGGUGGCACUGAACUGACAGUCAAAGGGAAAUACAUGAACGCUGGCAGUCUGAUCGAAGUGUUCAUCGACGAACUACCGUGCAAAGUAUUCGCCAACGACUCGACCGAAACCAAGUGCAUUACCAGCGCAUCGAAUAAACAACGCGAAGGCAAAGUUACAGUGAAAUUCGAUCAAGGCGGUAAUCGUCUGUACGAAAAAGAUCUCUACGAGUAUACCGACGAUCCGACCAUCGAAAGCUUAGAAUCGGGUGUCAACAGUCUGGGCAAAGUACCCAAAGGUAUACCAGCCGGAGGCAUUAAGAUCUCAGUCUCCGGUAAGAAUCUGCUCUCGAUACAGAAACCACUCUUCUACGUGUACAACGAGAAUCGAACCAAACGAUACUACAGCGAAUGCGAAGUACACAGUAAUUCGUUGAUGACCUGCUUAUCGCCGUACAUUCCGGAUAUAAAUAGCUCCUCUAUCGACGCCGAAAAUCCUAAAUAUCUCGACUACGGUUUCAAAAUGGACGACGUAUCGAGCGUACAAAACAUAUCGAUGAAUAAAGGUUACCCUCCGUUCACUCUGUACCCGAAUCCGAUUUUCGACUACUUCCCAGACUCGAUCAAACACUAUAAAAGCGACUACCUCACCAUCAACGGUCAGAACAUCGAUCGAGCCUGUCACGAAUCCGACGUCGUCGUCCAAAUCGGCAAAAGCAACUGUAACGUGACGUCACUAUCUAGACAACAGCUAACCUGCCGUCCACCGGAGACUCAACCGGCUGGAUACAACAACGGAUCGGAUUUCGAGCUAAAUGCCCUCGAUCCGCCCGAGGUGAUCGUCUCAAUCGGUCAGAAUUUCCGCCAGACUAUCGGCAGAUUGAGCUACUCGUCGAAUUUAGCUCAAACCAGCCCGUUAACCAAGACCACCAUUUACGGCGGCGUUGUCGGUAUCUCGGUACUGAUAUUAGUCUUCAUCGCUUUCUUAAUCGCGUACCGAAGGAAAUCCACCGAAAGCUCUAGAGUACUGAAGAACAUGCAAGAACAAAUGGAUAUCCUAGAGUUACGCGUAGCUGCUGAAUGUAAAGAAGCGUUCGCCGAAUUGCAAACCGAGAUGACCGAUUUAACAUCCGAUAUCACCUCCGGCGGUAUUCCGUUCCUAGACUAUCGAGCAUACUCGAUGAAAAUCCUGUUCCCAAGUUUAGAAGACCACUCGAUCAUUCAACGCGAAAAACCAGAGCUGAUCAGGAAAGAAAAAGGUCUCAGGUUAUUCGGUCAAUUAGUCAUGAAUAAAACAUUCCUGUUGCUGUUUAUCCGCACGCUGGAAAGCAAUCGUUACUUUUCGAUGAAAGAUCGCGUCAACGUAGCCGCCAUGAUUAUGAUCACGUUGCAGAGUAGAAUGGAAUACUGUACGGAUAUUCUGAAAACACUACUGGCCGAAUUGAUUGAGAAAUGCAUCGAAGGCAAAAGCCAUCCAAAGCUGCUGCUCCGGCGAACCGAAAGCGUCGCUGAGAAAAUGCUCUCGGCCUGGUUCACCUUCCUGUUAUACAAGUUCCUGCGAGAAUGCGCCGGCGAACCGUUGUACAUGCUGUUUCGAGCCAUCAAACAGCAAGUGAACAAAGGUCCGGUCGAUUCGAUCACCUCCGAGGCGCGUUACUCGCUCAGCGAAGAGAAACUCAUCCGGCAAUCGAUCGAUUACCGAGCGAUGACCGUGUACGUGAGUAUCUCCCAGCAGACUGCCUUCGUUACCGGACUCGAUCCGAAUACCGAAAACGUUCCUGUGAAAGUGCUAGACUGCGAUACCAUCUCACAAGUUAAGGAAAAAGCUCUCGAUACCAUCUACAGAGCUACCAGCUACAGCCAGCGACCCAGACCGUCCGAAUUGGAUGUCGAAUGGAGGACCGGAAUGUCCGGCAGACUGAUCUUGUACGAUGACGACUCGACAUCCAAAAUCGAAGGCGAAUGGAAGAAGAAAAACACGCUGAAUCAUUACCGAGUGCCAGACGGCGGCUUACUCAAUCUCGUCUCCGUUAAACAAUCCUCCAAUUACAACUUAUCCAUUCUAUCGGCCGAUAAAAUGGAAAAACUGCAUAAAUACGAAACGCUCAACUUGGCUAAAUACAACACAGCCAGUCCGCCUUAUGCCAGGACAACGUCGCCGCUCACCCAAGACAACGAUGGCGGCUACAAAGCGUGGCAUUUAGUCAAACAUCACGAUUCCAACGAUAACCACAAAGAAGGCGACCGUAGCAAUAAAAUGGUCUCGGAGAUCUACCUAACGAGAUUACUAGCCACCAAAGGCACCCUGCAAAAGUUCGUCGACGACUUAUUCGAGACGAUAUUCAGUACAGCUCAUCGUGGCAGCGCUCUUCCACUCGCCAUCAAAUACAUGUUCGAUUUCCUAGACGACCAAGCCCUCCAACACGGUAUCACCGAUCCCGAGGUCGUCCAUACGUGGAAAAGCAACAGCCUCCCGCUACGGUUCUGGGUGAAUUUAAUCAAGAACCCGAAUUUCGUAUUCGAUAUUCACAAAUCGAAUAUCGUCGACUCGUGCCUGAGUGUCGUAGCCCAAACUUUCAUGGAUUCGUGUUCGACGUCGGAUCACAGGCUAGGUAAAGAUUCGCCCAGCUCGAAGCUGCUCUACGCCAAAGACAUACCUGUCUACAAAGAAUGGGUCGAACGGUAUUACUCCGAUAUCAAAAUCAUGCCUGCCAUCUCAGAUCAAGACAUGAACGCGAUGCUAGCCGAAGAAUCGCGUCUGCACGCCACCGAAUUCAACACCAACUCGUCGCUUUACGAAUUAUACAUGUAUGCUGUGAAAUAUAACGAACAACUCAUGGUCACCUUAGAAGAAGACGAAUUCUCGCAGAAGCAAAGGUUAGCGUAUAAGUUGGAGCAAGUACACAAUAUAAUGGUAGCCGAUCCGAAUCUUUGAUAUAUGGCCACCAACGUCUACGAUCAAGUAUUGCUCAAUUGCAACUUGACCGGAAGCUCGCCCAAUAGCGACGAUGCUGAGAUGUAAGAGCGAUAUACUAAAUGAUCCAAGACGAAACGACGACUACGACGACUGAUUGAUCGAUCAAUCGAUCGUGUACUUGUUUUUUACGUAGUCUUUUUUUUUAUUAUUAUUUAUUUUAUUUUUUUAUUUUUCAUUUUUUUGAUGCAUUCGAGUUGCUGCGCUUCUUUUUUUUAAAUUGCGGGAAGGAAGGGUAGGGGGGUAAUUUUUUUUUACGGAUGAGUGGCCUUUCUUUACGAAAUUUUGAAUUUUUAAUGUCGCGUAGAUGUAUUUUUAGAUAGAGGGUUUUGAUGUGUUUGCCGUUUAGUAGUAUUGUUGUUAUAAAAUUAUCGCAUAUAUCUACAAGUACGUUUAUCGUACGUAUUAAUUAUGCGAUUGGUUAAGUAUUUUUUUUUCUCAGUUUUGUUUAUGGGUGUGUUAUUUUAUUUGUUUGUGUGAUGGCUGUUUAUUUAAUAGUUCGGCUUUAGCUGCGAUGACAAUUUUGUUUUCGAAACGAAAUUAGAUAUGCGAGUGAAUUGCUUUUUUUUUAUUUUGGAGAUCUAUGUGUGUGAAAGUGAAAAACCAAAAAUAAUGAGGCGAAGGUGUGUAAAAGCGAAAGCAAAAGCGUUCCUUUUAAUAUAAAUAGGCAGCUUAGUUGUAAAUUUUUUUCUCUUUAUUUUGUUUUGUUUUCGUUUUCUUUCUUUCUUUUUUUUUCGUAUUUUUUUUUUUUUUUGUACACAUUCCAGAAUUUAUUUAGAAUUUACGAUUUUAUUGUAUUUAAAUGGAAGUUACCUUAUAGAAUUUCGGCGGCCAGUACUUGUUGCGGUAAGGCUGUGAUGGCGAGGACGAAAGCAUUUCAGAGGAUGUGGAUUAGAAUUUGAUGGCUGGAUAUCAGAAGGAGGGGAGGGAUGACGAGAGAAGUGAUCAGGCUUUUGUUAUUGACGGAUAAAUGUUUGAAUAGUGAAGAAAUAUGACUAUUUUUCGAGAAAAGUUUUUGAAAAAUGAUGAAAAACAUGUUUAAAAUUUUUUUUUCAAUUUGAGGAUUGAAAAAAUACAGAAAAAUUUCAAGAAUCUAUCGAAAAUAAUGAAAUGAAAAUAUAAAUUGUAUUUAAAGACAAUAAAAUUACAAAAAAAAAGAAAUUAUAAAUGAAAAAAUUUAGUUUAAAUGGUUUUGAAAUUUGAAAGAUUUGAAUUUGCUUCCAUUUUUAUCUUGAACUUUUGUACCAGCUUUGAAAGUCAUCGGAUAAAAAAUUGAAUACUUAUUUCGAUUUAUGUUUUAAAAAAAUAUAUGUAUGUACUUACCUAUUUAAUCAAAUAAUUAUUUAUGAAAAGAUAGCGAAUCUAAAAAAUUGAUUUGUGUUUGUAAUCAAUUUUCAAGUUGCAGUAAUUUAGAUGAUUUUUUUUCUUCAACAAAAUGAGAAAUUUUUUUCCAAUUGGGAAGUAUUUGUGUUGAAAUUUUACAAAUUUUAUAAUUCCAAAAUAAAAAUAUGUUAUUGUUUCUAAAUUUUCUCAAACAUUUUCAACUUUUUUUUGUGGUUUUGAAACUUGAAAACAAUUUUGUGGAAAAACUUUUUGAUUUGAAAACUUGUUUUACUCUCUAAAAAUAUUCAAAAAUAAAAAAUGAGUAAUAUAAACUUUGAUAAGUACAUAUUUGAUUUUUUUAAAUUUAUUUAUUUUGAUUUCAAAAAUCAGAAACUUUUGUGUCAAAUUUUUAAUUAUUUUUUUAUGCUUGGAAAUUGAAAUUUACAAACUUUUUUUUUGCUUGUAAUGUGUUGUUAAACUACAAACGUUACAACAUUUUUGCCAAAUAUUUGAACAAAAAUAAAUUUCAGAAUUGUAAAUUUUUCUUCAUUUAGUGCACUUCAUAUUUGAAAAAUUUCGAUCCGAAAAUUACUUGAUCAAAAGAAAUUAUGACUUAAUGUAAUAUUGGCGCACCCCCUUUCCCCCUUGAAAAAAUCAAAUAUUUUAAAAUGUGUUCAGUGAUCAACUUUUAGAUUUUUUUUGACAGAAUCGCCAAAAAGUUUUUUUUUAUUUUAAAAUUAAAUAUUGAAUUUUUCCUCUUUUCAGGAUUGUAAAUUUUUCUACAUUUUGUCCUUUUCAAAUUUACAAACAUUUUAGGAAAAUUUUGACCUAAAAUGUUUGUGAUGAAAAAAAAAUGUUGAUCAAGUAAUGUUGACCCCCCCCCCCUUCCAAACACUGGAAAAAUAUCAAAUAAAUAUUUGGAAAAUGUGUUCAGUAAGUUAUCUUAUUUAAUUUUCAAAAUACUUAUUUUCAAACUUUUUUUUUGCCAAAAAUUCUUUGUUUUCAUUUUAAAAUUAUUAAACAUUUGAUUUUUCUCCAUCUUUUCUGAAUAAUGAGUUUUUCUUCAUUCAAUCUUCUGUAGGUACAUUUGGAAAAUUUUGACCUUAAAAUUCUUUGAUUAGAAAAAAUGUUCGCUUGAAGUAAUAUCGACCCCUUCCUCCCUCCUCCCUUCCACCCAAAAAAAUAAAAAGUAUUUCAAACAUCUAAUGUGCUCAACUUUCAAAAUUUUCCAAAAAAAUGUAAUUAAAAUUCAUUUUCCAAUUUUCUAAAUAAAUUGUAAUGAUUUUCCCUAGAGUUAAUUUUUUCAAACUUGCAAAAUUAUGACCUAAAAUUUUUGUGAUUAAAAAAAAUGUUGGCCAAGUAAUGUUGACUUUCUCCCCCCCCCCCCGCGCAACUAAAAAAAUAUCAAAUAAAAAAUUGUAAAAUGUGUUCAGUAAGUUACUUACUCAAUUUUCAAAAUACCUAUUUUCAAACUUUUUAUUUUCCAAAAAUAAUUCUUUUCUGAAUUUCAUUUAAUCUUCUAUAAAUUUGGAAAAUUUUGACCUUAAAAUUCUUUGAUUAGAAAAAAUGUUGAUUCAACGUGAUCUCAACCCCCCUCCCCCGACAAAUAAACAAAUAAAAAUCAAUCAAAUAAAAAGUAUUUCAAAACAUCUGAUGAGCUCAACUUUCAAAAUUUACCAAAAAUUUUUAAUUUAAAUUCAUUUUGAAAAGUUUCUAAAUGAAUUGUAAUGAUUUUCCCAGGAGUUGAUUUUUUAUGCAAGGGGCCAAAAUGAUAUUUGUUCUGGACCUGUUUUGUCUGUCGAUGGUCAUGACUAUGUAAAAAGUAAAAAAUCUCAUUUCUGAUGUAAAAAUUGUAAGUUUUUACGAAAUGAUCGAAAUAAUCACCUUAUUUGUUCUAAAAAUUUGAAAAAAAAAAUCGUCAUAUUUCUUCACCAAUCUUCAAACUAUGAAAAGAUCGAUGAAUAUUUCUCGAAACAUUCUUUAAAAAAAAAAUCACAUCGAAAAAUACCAUCUUGAUAUUUUAUAUUUUUUAGAGCAGGAAGUCCGAAUGAAGGAUACUUGUUCGAUCUCUGGAUCAAGGAUGAAAGAGAAAAAAUAUGUUCUAUUUACGCUGCAAGAAGAGUAAGAAAAGUUUAUAAAACUCACAACACAAGAUCUCAUUUCUAUAAAUUCUAAACGCAGCUCGGAUGCAUCUUUUAGUGUCUGUGAUCGUCUCUUUGUGCUAUAAUAAAUACCUAUAAUAAAUGGGUACCUCCCUAAGUUCCUAAUUCCUAUCACUAUCAUUUCGUUUUUGAAAAACCUCGAAAUUUUCAUCAUUUUAUUCCCAUUAUACGCAUAUUUCUUAGGCAGGUACUCUACUUCUCCUGUCUUCUGUGUUCUUCUGUUGUAUUUAAAAUUAAUUCAUUAAAUUUGAAGAAAAAAGGCGAAGAAAAAAAAUUCAGUUUGAUGUUAAUAAUAAAAAAUUAGAUUUAAUUUACGUCGCGCUAAUAAAUAAAAAGAAGAAACGAAUUAAACGAAGAAAAAUGGAAAAAGCGAAAACGCGAAAUUAUAUCUCGUUUGUUAGUCGCUUCUCUCGAUUCGUCAUUCUUAUUUAUUAUUUUCUUCUCAUCUGUGUGAAACGAGUUUAAUUUAAAAGCGAAAUAAAAAAAUGAAAAGUCGCGACUGUUUCCAUCAAGUAAGCCGAUGAUAGAAAAAAAAUAUAGGUAAAUUAAAUUACGAUAUUGUCGAAUUUUCACCAUAGAAACCGUUACAACGUUCGCAUAUUGUUGUAUAAAAAUAAUACACGCGUACGCGAUGAUAAUUUCUUUAUUUACAGUAAUUUUACACGCCGAAUUGUCGCAGAAUUUCUAGCUUGGUUUGAUCAAAAUCCACCUUCGAACGGAUUAGCUUUGAGAGUAAUUUUGUCGCCAAUAAAUCACACGGUUUAUCCCAGUGAAUUACCUUGCCGGUGAUUUGUUUCAUUGUGCCUGUAAGGCUACCCUUUUUUUCGUAGAUCCGAUCAGAUUCUUCGAUCUCAGCAAGUACUGGAAAUAUGUGUACGGUCUGUGUAGAUUUUUUUUAUUUUUUUUUAUUUUCAUUUUAUGGUUUUUUUCUUCUUCUUAUUCGUUUUAAUAUUCGUGUUGAUUUUCGCAAUAAUAUUUUAAUAGGUAUUUAUUAUACAGUUUGGAAUUCUAGCUACGGCUCUGGCAUGGAAUAUUGUGUGUGUACUUGCUCUGAUAACACUACGCGUUGACCUUUGCGAGUAUUUUGAAUAAACAAAGGCGAAGAAUUAAGCGAGCGUUUAUUUGUACUGUGUAAUUUGUCUGAUCCUAGUCAUAAAUACGAAAAUACAAUAUUUAACGUGUACCUUAGCCUAUAUAAUGUGUAAAUAAGGUGCGAUAUUAUUUUAUAGAACGUUUUUUUUAUUUCUUUUUUCAUUAUUAUUAUUUUUUUAUAUCGAGUAAUAUUCCGGCUUGUUUUUUGUUUUAUUUGAAAAAUAAUAACUCCUUGCUCGAUGUAAUAAUAUGAAUUUUUUAUUUUCAAUAUAUGUGUGGCAUUACGUAGAAAAAUACUAAUUAUAAAUUUUUAUGCUGCCGAAAAAUUCCCAUUAGUGGUCUUGUGUUUACUGUAAACAUUCCAGAAUAUUUACCAAAAAAAAAUAAUUCUACCUAUUUAAUUUAGUAAAUUAUUUUUUAAAAAAACGAUUUCACCUCUAAUAGUAUUUUAUUGUAUUUAUUAUAUACUGUAUAAUUUCUCAGCCAAUAUUGUAAUUUUUUUUUUCGUUUUAAUACGGUGAUUUAAACAGUGUGAUAUCGAAACACAUUAUUGUAUUUUAAUGUGAUAACUCUGUAUACUUUUAAAAUACUACGUCAUUUUUUCCAUUUUAGAUGAACCGAUUCUCUCCUUUCAAGAGCCUAAACAAUAUUACGUAUCAGAUUUAAUAAUUCUUCUCGAUUGAUUAUUUAUUAUUAUUUUACCAUGUUUUGUCUCGUAUUUCUUCUUCUAAUACUAUAAUGAAACGAAAUUAUAUAAAAUACUACAAACAAUCAUUAUAUUCCUAAAUUUCGUUUAGCUUUAUUAUGGUUUUUAUUUCUGUCUCAUUUUCAUUUUCGUUUUCUUUUAUUUCUCCCCAAUUAUUAUGAUUGUAACGUGUAUGAUUUUUGUCGUAUUAUGUUGUAUAUUUUUUUGUUAAUUUUUUUUCGUUUCGUUCCUGUCUUUUUAUUAUUAUUUUUAUCGGAUAUUUUUCUUUCCUCUCUAUAUAUCUUCUUAUUUGUAUAUGUUUGUUAUUUUGUACAGUUUGUAUUAUUUAUUAUAUUAUGAGUGCAAUAUAAACGAAAUAUUUAUAUAAUCGCUUUUCUAUGUAAUUUUCGUUUUCGUUUGUUUGUUUGUUGUUUUUUUUUUAAUUUAUUAUUUUUUUUUAUACGUACGCGAUGGUUUUGUGAAACACGAUGAGAUUUGGCGACGUUUCUUGAUUGGGUUUUGAGUAGAGCUCGGAUGGGUUUGGUUUAUUUUUUUUAUGAAGAUUAGAGGGAGGGAAAUUGGUUUUUUGAGAAUGUUUUAGAAAUUAUCGAGAGUUGAAUAAUUUUAAAAUAUGUAUUUGUGAGGAUUUUUUUUUUUAAUGUGAGAAAAAUUGGAGGUGAAUUUCACUUUUGAGGGUUUCAGUUGAAAAAAAAAAAAAAUAGAAAAGGAACUCGUUGAAGUUGAAAGUUUUGUAUCAACAGGUUUUUUUAAAAAGUUGGUCCUAUUUUUAUUGAAAUUUGGAAUAAUGAUUAUGAUGAAUUUUGUAACGUUCUGAUUUCAAUUUUGGAAAGAUUCACCAAGUGAAAGUGGAAGAAAUUUACAUCAGAUAUGUUGAAUUUGAAAUGAAUUUUUCAACUAAAAAGAUUGAAAUUUUAGGUGACAUUUUUUUGGUUUGGAAAUAAAUCUUUUAUUCAUUUUAAUUCGAGCAGAAAAAUUAUGCAUUUAUUUGAUCAGUUUCUCUCCAAUAAUUUGUUUUAAAAAAUAACAUUCAAAUUUUUAGAUAAGACUGAUCCAUACAUUCUUUUUAUUUCCUCCUUUAUCCCUCCUCAUUUCAUAAAGUACAAAAUAUGAUGCUUGAUUUCAAUUCAUAACUAUUGAAACGCCAGUAAAAAAGAAGGAACGAAUAAAAGUAAUUAAACAUUUUUUUUUUUAAGAAUUACUCAAUUUAUUAUCAUUUUUUUUCUGAACAAAAUGAAAAAUCAGUAAAAAAAAUAUGGGCAAAUGAAACUUGUAUAAAAUUUAGUAAGUAAGUAAGAAUGUUUUAAUCAAUUUUUCUUUAAACAAAAUUGAUUUUAUGCUGUUGAAAAAACAUUUUUAAUAAUUAUCUGACAUUUUCAGAAAAUUAUUCAAUUAAUUUUUCUAUUUAUGGUUUUUGGACAAAUCAGUAGGUUAAAAAAAAAAAAAUGAAAAAAAAUUGUCGAACAUUUUUAGAGAAUUAUUUGCAAUUAAUUUUUUUUGAACAAAUUGAUCUUCUUGAAACAUUAUUAGAAAACGAAAUGAACGAAUUGAUUUUAUACUGUUGAAAAAUCAUUUUGAAAAAAAUUGUCAAGCAUUUUGAGAGAAUUGUUCAAUCAACUUUUUCUGAAAAAAAAAUUGAUUUUCAUUCAUAUUUGUUGAAAAAUUAGUAAAAAAAAAAUGAAAAUAAAAUGAACAAAUUGUCAAACAUUUUCAGAAAAUUACUUGUGAUCAACUUAUAAAUUUUUUUGAGUGAAUGAAUUUUGGAACAAAAUUGAAUUCUUAAAACUUUGAAAGAUAUGUAAAAAAAAAAAAAAAAAAUGAAAGAAUAACAAAUCUAAAAAAUUUUCUGGGAAUUAUUUUUUUAAACGAAAUUAAUUAUUUGCUGUUAAAAGAGAAUUGAUUUUUUAGCGAAAUUUAUUUCAAUUUAAUACUGUUGGAUGAAAAUCAGUUUGAAAAAAAAAUAUAUAUCAAACUUUUUCAGAGAAUUAUCUGAAAUUAACUUUUUUGAUUUUAAUUCAUUACUAUUGAAAGAUUAGUAAAACAAAUUAACAAAUAAAAAUUGUUGAAAAUGUUCUGGGAAUUAUUUAAUCAUUUCUUUUUGAACAAGAUUGAUUUUCAUUUUGAAAAAUUACUAUACAUUUUCACAUUUUUAGGAAAUUACUUGAUUGUUUUUUUUUGUUUUUUAGCAAAAUUUUUUAAAAUUUAUUACGGUUUGAAAAUCAGUUUUAAAAUCAUCAAACAUUUUCAAAAAAUUGUUUCAUUCUUUUAAAAAGCUUGAAUAUUAAUUCAUCAUUAUUGAAUUUGAAACACCAUUUUAAAUGAAAUGAACGAAUUCAAAUGCUGGAUCAAACAUUUUCUGGGAACUAAUUUUAGUUCAUUUUUGUUGAAAAUUCAGAGUCAAACAUUUUCAGAAAAUUAUUAAAUAAAAAUUUUAAUUACUUGUUCUCUUUUAGAAAAAAUGGAUCAAUUCUAAUUUUUUUUUUUUUUUUGUGAAUUCCUUUCUUCCUUUUAUAUUAAUGAAGUUUUUUAUUUGAAACUUCGAAUCAGAGCAUGCACAUUUGAUUAAUUAUUCUGGUGUAUUUGUUGUUUUAUUCAAUUAUUUCACUUUUUUUUGUUUGUUUUUUCCUUCAAAGAAUAUUUGAAACAAAAUAUCAAAAUAAUUAUGCGAAUUCAUAUCGCUCGUUCUAUGUUUGUAUAUAGAACAGAAAUCCUAAGAAUGGCUAAAAAAGAAACCAAAAUAAAAAAUUAACAUUUCGUUGCUUUUUUUCAAAAUAGGACUGAGGGAUUUGAGGCCAUAGGACAUGGGUAGAAAAGUUUCUUCGAGUUCAAAUUUAAAAAUCCAAAGUAUUCGACGAAUCUUUGCAAAACGAAUGUGGUUAAGAUGAUAAUUUGUUGUAAGAUUCCUUUCUCUGUGUGUUGAAUUCCUUUUAAAACUCAGUAAUAAAGUUGUAACUAGUAAUUAAUGCGAGAAAAUUCAAAACUCAUCAAAUUUAGGAGCUUUCUACGUUGAAAUUUAUUUUUUUUUAAAAAGUGGUUAUAAAAUGUUUUGAAAACACUGAAAUUAUUUAAAUAUUUAGUUUGCUAUAAUACAAAAGAUGAAAAGAAAUUCAUCUCUUACCAAAAUAUAGAAAUAAUGCGAAGAUAAUUUGAAAUUUAAAACUUAACUAGCGUAGCUGUUCUCAUCAAAGUGUGAAAUUCGCUCUUUACAAAGCAGACGAGUAAAAAAAAAGGGAAAGAUAAUUUAAUUGAGAAUUUAAAUAAACAUCGUUUUAAGGGUUCGAAUAUAUGUUGGUUGAAAAUUUAGGUAUUUUAAGAAACGUCGUCGUCGUUCUCUAGUUUGCAAAAAGAAAAAAGGGUUUCCCCGAACAAGACGCGUUUUACUUAGUUGAAUUUAUUAUGUAAAUAACUAGCGUUCGAGAAAAUUUUUUUAUUAUUUUUUUUGUACGAAAUUUUGGUCUUAUUUGUACGCGUUGAUUUUAUAUACAUAUUUGUACUCGAUUUUUUUUUUUUGAUUUACCUUAACAUUUUUAUAUGUAUUUUUUUUUUGUACGUGAAAUGCAUUUAACAAGUAACUUUUUAAUUAUGUGUGAGUGCGUAUCAGUGUGUAUUUUUAUUCGAUGUUAAUUUAUAAAAUUAACCAAUUUUUUUUUCUCUCCAAAUACAUAAAGGAUGAUUAACAAGGAUUGUUGCAUUGCCCCUCCCUUUGUAUUCUCUUUCAUUUCCUAUAUAUGGUUAGGUAAAUUAUAUUAAAAAUAUGCUAUGUGUGUGUGUGGAUCGCGAAGAAUGAAAGAGAUUAUGUUAAUUAUUUUAUCGAGUUUUAUAUUCGAAGAUGAUUUUUUUUGUUCUUUUUGUUAUAAAGCAAGAUGUUAAUCGUUCUUUUUUAAUUAUACCUUUAAAUGUUUAUAUUCAGAAAAUGUCAUAUCUGUACUUAAUUUUUAUGUGUGUACGAUUUGUAUUCGAUGUUGAAUCAUUGUGUAAUAAAAAAAUUUUCAAAAUGAA